AUGGCAAAUGUCAAGGCGCCAGAAUGUCUCGACCUUUGUGUCACUACGGCUGAUUUCGAAGCCGCUGCGAAGGAGAAACUAUCCGAAAAAUCAUGGGUUUAUGCAUCCAGCAGUGCAGCAUCAGGAGUGUCACAUCAAUCCAACCUAGACGACUGGUCCCGCAUUAACUUUCGUCCCCGUAUAAUGCGGAAGGUCAACACGAUAGACACAUCACGGAACGUGCUUGGGAAGAAAUCAAAGCUGCCAUUCUUCAUAACAGCCAUGGGUACACUGGGCAGUGCCCAUCCAGGAGCUGAGCCAUCACUCGUUCAAGGUGCAACUCGCAAGGGAAUCAAUGCAGUGAUCAGUACAGCUACUUCCAAGUCCUUGGAGGCAAUCAUGCAAGCCCAUAUCGACGAGCAACAGAAGGUCAAUAAUCGCAGUCCUACACGACUGGAUUUCCAACUAUAUGUCCCACCAGACCGGACAAAGGCCAAGGAAUUGAUCCAAAGGGUAAAGGCUGCUGGGUAUCACAGUUUGUGGAUCACCGUCGACUCGUCAACACAGGGGAAGAGAACUGCAGACCGUUAUCUUCAAGCAAGAGAGAAGCUAGAGCAGGGCGGUCGUGAGAUGGUGCGAGAAGCUGCAGCGGAGAAUGAUUUCGGGCCCGCAUUUGGUGGUCGACCUACGGCAGGAUAUUUGCAUCCUGGUCUCACCUGGGAAGAUUUAUCAUGGAUUUCACAGGAGUGGGGUGGGCCUGUGGUAUUGAAGGGAAUUCAAUCAGUCGAGGACGUUAAAUUAGCCGUGCAAUAUGGUAUGCAGGGUGUUCUGUUAAGCAAUCAUGGAGGCCGACAGAUUCAUUCAGCACCUAGUGCGCUGAUGACGCUCUUGGAGAUCCGCACCUAUUACCCCGAAGCAUUUGACAACCUAGAGGUUUUUGUGGAUGGUGGACUUCGUGAUGGAGCUGAUGUUCUCAAAGCAUUGUGUCUUGGGGCAACGGCUGUGGGGGUUGGCCGACCAUAUUUCUACGCACUCGCAGCGUAUGGCACUGAAGGAGUGGAAAAAUGUACCGGCAUUCUCACAGAGGAGCUAGAAAUUUGUAUGAAAAUGCUCGGGGUAUCUUCUCUCGAUCAACUCCAUCCUGACAUGGUCAAUGCUAGCCCAUUGUUCAAUGAUAUGUGGCGCCCUGGUAUCUUUAAAGCGGGCAACUUGAGAGCUCAUCUUUAA